UUAACACUCACAAUGAAGUUUGCAGCUGUAGUAACUAUUCUAGUGGUCAUCGCCUCCGCAUCACACCAACAGCCAACGAAACCUCCUACUAAUACUAAGCCAACGAAACCUCCUACUAAUACUGAGCCAACGAAACCUCCUACUAAUACUGAGCCAACGAAACCUCCUACUAACACUAACACUGCUGUGGCUGCCUCCGCAUCUCACCAACAGCCAACGAAACCUCCUACUAAUACUAAGCCAACGAAACCUCCUACUAAUACUAACACUGCUGCGGCUGCCUCCGCAUCUCACCAACAGCCAACGAAACCUCCUACUAAUACUAAGGCAACGAAACCUCCUACUAAUACUAAGCCAACGAAACCUCAUACUAACACUAACACUGCUGCGGCUGCCUCCGCAUCUCACCAACAGCCAACGAAACCUCCUACUAAGACUAACACCUUACCUGAGUGAUUUAGCACAAUAUUUUAAAUCAUAUUGUACUAUGUAUGCAAUAUGAUUGAUGUUAAAUAAACUUUUUCUCGUAGAA